AUAUACUGUUAAUUACGCUAUUUAAAAGAAUUAACCAAAAAUAACCAUGCAUGGGGAUUAAUGAUUUUAAAGGUUCAAACAACAAACUUUGUAUUCAAUUGAUAAGACAGAUUGCUUCCUAAGAUUAUUCACAUACUCGAUUGCUUCAUUCAUUUUCCGAAUGACAGUGAAUGAAUCCGGAAUACUCUAUAUGAUCUAUAUGAUCGGCUUAACCCGAUCAUAGUUUCCGAAAACCCCUAUAUUUUGUUUUAUACGUGUGCUAUUUUGUGGAAACUGUAAUAAAGUUUCAAAUUGAAUUUGCAGUGGUUAUAUUAUUUUAAAAAUGGUUGUCUGCUCUGGUGAACACGGCUUACAAGCGGACAUAAUAUUUCUUAUAGAAGGAACGGCCGUAAAUGGUGCAUAUAUAAAUGAUAUUAAAACAAAUUAUAUUAUACCAUCCCUAGAAUAUUUCAAUCAAACUAAAAUGGAAGAUGCCAGUUACUUAUCAGAAAAUGCAAAUUCAGUUUAUGGAAUUGUUAUUUUUUAUGCUGCCGAUUGCCUACCACAACUCAGCACAGAUACAUUUGGUCCAUUCAUAAGUCCUUUGAAACUUUUGGCUGCUAUUGAUAAAUUGGAAAUGAUUGGAGGUAAAGGAGAAUCUCAUUCAAAUAUCGCUGAAGGCUUAGCAACAUCCCUACACUGUUUCGAAGAACUACAACAAAAAAGAGAUACAACUACCCCUGUGCAGAAGCAUUGUAUCCUUAUAUGCAACUCUCCUCCAUAUUCACUUCCUGUUUUGGAAUCUCAUACAUUUUCGGGUAAGACUGCUGAGCAGUUAGCUGGAAUUUUGCAAGAGAGAAAUAUCAACUUUUCUGUUAUUUCACCAAGAAAGAUUCCUUCAUUAUAUAAGCUAUUUGAAAAAGCAGGAGGUGAUUUAAGCUCGUCACAAACGAAAAAUUAUGCAAAAGACCCAAGACAUCUAGUACUAUUGAAAGGUUUCAGUCUCAAAGAAAGGUCUGUUAGCCCUCCACCUGGAGCCUCUACAACCACACCAAAUCAAAUAACAAAUACGGGAAUACCCACAAUGACUUCUUUGCCAAGUCCACUUCAAGGAAGUGAUAGUCCAAUUCCAGGUACCAGUCAACCUAGCAAUAAUAUUAUGGUCAAUACUACAGUGGGAGUAGGAGCUAAUGUUGGACAAAAUAAUGUAUACAGACCACAGGGAACACAAGGUAUGAAUAUUCCUCCGCAAAAAGGAGUAGGAGUUGUGAAUGUAGCUGGUGGUCGUAUGAUGGGUAAUAAUCAAAUGCCAAUUAUGCAGGUUAACGCUCCUCCGGGAUAUCAUGCUUCAGGUCAUGUAAAUAGAACAUCUCCACAUUGGACAAUGCCUCCGCCAGUCCAACAAGUAAGACCCUAUAUUCCUCAAUCAAAUCAACAGGUUAAUACUACACAAGGUAGUGCUCUUAUUGCUCAGUUGACACAACCUCCGUCGUCAAUAUCCGGAUCCAAUGUUAACCAAUUUGGACAGAUGACAUCAAAUUCGCCCAUUAAUAAAAUAAACGUGCCACCACAAUCAAAUGUACAAACGUCGAUUUCACAAAACCAAACAGGCAUACAAACGUCUAUGGCACAGGUCUCACAGGCGAAUCCUGUUUCUUCUUCUCAAGCCCAGAAUAUGCCACAAGCUGUCCAAGGUCAACCGCAACAAAUACGGGAAAGGCAUACUAUUUGGCAAGGUUUAUUGGAAUGGAUAGAAAAGCCAAAAAAUGCUACAGAUCAACAAAAAAUUACCAAGCAUGUCCCCUGUCAGGUGUCUGCUAAUUCCAAAGACGGUGAACCCGAAUUAAAAGCUGAUGGUUGGCCACAAAAACUUAUAAUGCAACUCAUGCCGAAACAAUUAAUAGGAAAUAUUGGUGGAGCAUAUCUGAAAAAUUCGAAAUCUGUAUUAUUUCAUCCCCAGCCAUGUGAUGCUUUAGAAUCUCUUACAAGAGUUAUGAGUUCUGGAUUCGCUGGAUGUGUGCAUUUCACUAGUGUCCCACCAUGCGAAAUUAAAGUUCUUAUUUUAUUAUAUACGGCAGAUAAAAAAGCUUACUUAGGAUUUAUACCUAAUGAUCAAGUUGCUUUUGUCGAUAGACUUCGGAAAGUUAUUCAGCAACAGAAAUCAACUCAACAAAUGAGACAGGGUGGACCCGGUACUCCUACUGGUAAUCCGCAAGUUGGACAAGUGAGUAAUUCUCCUCAAAUGUCAGGCACGAAUGCUAUAACAUCUCAAAACGCCCCUCAAAACAUGUUAAUAUCUCCAACAAACACAAUUUCAAUGGGAGGUGGUCAGAUGACUCAAAAUGUUAACACAACGUCACAACAAGGACAGGGAAUGGCUGGUAUAAUAAAUCAAAACGUAUCUUCUGGAAAUAUGAGACCCAAUAUUAGGAUGCCCAAUAUACAACCAGGAAAUACAAAUCAGUCAAAUAUAAUACAAAAUCCAGUGCAAAGUUCUGCUGAAAACCAACUUGAGGUUGAAAGGAGGCAUAAUUUAGAGAAAAUUAAUCAACUUAAACAAACACUGGAAGCUGCACAACAACAAGAAAGGCAAUAUAAAAGCCAGUUGGAGAGAAUAAGUCAUAUGAAAACUUCUCAAUUAGAGCAAGCUUUACAAGCAGCACAACAAACAGAAAUGCAUUAUAAAAUGCUUGAAAAUCAGCAAAGACAACAGAUAGCUGCACAAAAUGUUCAAUCUACACCUCAGGCAGCCACAUCUCAACCCCAACAGAGGCUUAUGCGACCAGUUAUGUCAAAUAAUCCUGGAUUAAGACAUCUUUUGCAGCAACAACCUCAAUACAGACAGUUAAUAAACGUUCAACAGAUGCCGGGCAGUGGCUCCAGAACUCAAAUGGGUCAGCAGUUGCAAAACCCAGCUGGAUCACAACAAACGAAUUUUGAUGAAGUUGGAAGCUUCGAUUUUAAUAAUAUUAUUUAAUUAUAUGUUUAAAUAUAAAUAUAUUUAUUAUUAUAA